AUGGCUAAUCGAGCCACACUUUCUACCCUAGCUCAAAGUGUGGACAGGAAACAGUUCUUUGAACUUUACUGCAUGUGUAUGAAGACCAUCUCUGGCAUUCAUCCAAGUAACAUCCAAUUGGAGGUGCUCAGAACAGGACCCCAUUGUGCCAAUGUUCAAGGGAUAGCCACACUGAAGAAAGGAAAGAAAAUCUGCCUGGACCCAGAAGCUCCCAAAAUCAAGAAAAUAGUCCAGAAAAUUUUGGAAAGCGAUGGGUCAACGACUUAA